GUUGCACCAUAAAACCAUUACUGGUCCAGAUACAUACAUAAGCACCAUCAAUCCUCUCUCACCACUUUUGCAUUUUCCUUCCUUACCCUAUAUAUAUAUAUAUUCAGCUCUUUAAUCCUUUUAUUUAGGAGGAUCAGAAUCAAACAACACCCUUAUUACCAAACUUCGCUUAGCCAAAGACACUUACUUCUCUUCAUGGGUUCUAUUGGAAUUGAGAGCUCGGGACCUGAGGUUGUCACCGUUGAUGUACAUGCAACCAAGGAUCUGAUCCAGACCAGUCAUGUUUAUCUGGAUGUCAGGACGGUGGAAGAGUUUCAGAAAGGGCAUGUGGAUGCAGAGAAGAUCAUUAACGUUGCAUACAUGUUUAAUACACCAGAAGGCAGAGUGAAGAAUCCAGAAUUUCUUAAGGAGGUUUCAUAUGCUUGCAAGAAAGAAGAUCAUAUCAUCGUGGGUUGUCAAAGUGGAGUGAGAUCUCUGUAUGCAACUGCUGAUCUUCUAACGGAAGGAUUUAAGGAUGUGAGCAACAUGGGAGGAGGUUAUCUGGACUGGGUUAAAAAUGAAUUGCCAGUGAAAGCACCUUUGGACUCGGUUAAAAUCGAAUUGCAAGUGAAGAAAGAACCUUUGGACUUGGUUAAAAAUGAAUUGCCAGUGAAUGCACCUAUAGUCGGUUAAAACUUAAAAAAAGAAUAGCCAAAUUGAAAAAGGAGCUCUGAUAUGAUCAUUCCUCUUUCUAUUCUGAACAGAAUUUCCAUGGAUGUUACUAUGUUAUCUUGUGUAUUUACUUCUUUCAGCUUGUUCAUUGAGAAGGCUAUUAAGGAAAAAAAACAAUGUAACCGUGUCUACGGGUAAUUAGCCAUUUAGAAUCUUUGUUAACAGUACCGUGCGUGCGCAUCCAAAAUAUGUGUGAUCUGAUUAUCUUUGAUUAUUUGACAUAAUCAAAACAAAAUAGUAAUCAGACAAAUAACAACGGGUUUGUGAA